CAAGGGCAAGGAGAAUGACCCCCGGGCAUCCCCGGGCACCGCUAACAGUAUCUCAAGCUUAGGUAAGGAACUGCCGGGGCCCUUGUCUGAUCAGCUGCUGUCUGGGGACCCCGAAUGACUUCAGUCUGUGACACACUGCUGUCUCCUGACCAAUUGACUUCAGUCUGUGACACACUGCUGUCUCCUAACCAAUUGACUUCAGUCUGUGACACACUGCUGUCUCCUAACCAAUUGACUUCAGUCUGUGACACACUGCUGUCUCCUGACCAAUUGACUUCAGUCUGUGACACGCUGCUGUCUCCUGACCAAUUGACUUCAGUCUGUGACACACUGCUGUCUCCUAACCGAAUUACUUCAGUCUGUGACACUGCUGUCUCCUGACCGAAGCACUUCAGUGUGUCACACUUGUAUCCUGACCCAAUGGCUUCAGUGUGUGCCACUGCUGUCUCCUGACCGAAUGACUUCAGUCUGUGACACACUGCUGUCUCCUGACCAAUUGACUUCAGUCUGUGACACACUGCUGUCUCCUGACCGAAUUACUUCAGUCUGUGACACACUGCUGUCUCCUAACCAAAUUACUUCAGUCUGUGACACACUGCUGUCUCCUAACCGAAUUACUUCAGUCUGUGACACACUGCUGUCUCCUGACCGAAUUACUUCAGUCUGUGACACACUGCUGUCUCCUAACCGAAUUACUUCAGUCUGUGACACACUGCUGUCUCCUGACCGAAUUACUUCAGUCUGUGACACACUGCUGUCUCCUGACCGAAUUACUUCAGUCUGUGACACACUGCUGUCUCCUAACCGAAUUACUUCAGUCUGUGACACACUGCUGUCUCCUGACCGAAUUACUUCAGUCUGUGGCACUGCUGUCUCCUCUCGUGGCCGAAUGGCUCAGUCAGUGACACUGCUUGUCUUCUGGUCGAAUUACUUCAGUCUGUGGCAUUGCUGUCUCCUGACCGAAUGGCUUCAGUAUUUGACACUGGUGUCUCCUGACCAAAUGGCUUCAGUAUUUGACACUGCUGUCUGCUGACCAAUGACUUCAGUCUCUGACACUUGUUUUCUGACCGAAUGACUUCAGUCUGUGACACUGCUGUCUCCUGGCCGAAUGACUUCAGUCUAUGACACUGCUGUCUCUUGACCGAAUGGCUUCAGUGUUUGACACUGCUGUCUCCUGACCAAUGACUUCAGUCUCUGACUCUUGUUUCCUGACUGAAUGGCUUCAGUGUUUGACACUGCUGUCCCCUGACCGAAUUACUUCAGUCAGUGACACUGCUGUCGCCUGACCGGCCAUCAAUUCUCAUUAGUCAUUUAUUGGCAGCGUUCUAGAACCAACCUGUUCUCGUAAUCCUAUCAUACGGUCUUUAAAUACUGGUGUGGUUGUUGAGGCAAAUACAAGGGGGGGGGGGAUCUGGGAGGUGUGCGGGAUGGGGUGGGGGUGUGGGAGGGCUGUGUGGUUGGGGAAGGGGUGUGGGAUGAAAAAUUAAAUUCUUUGAAUUUGAAACGGUUGCCACAUAUCCACAUAGUCAACCACAGAGUCAACCACGUGGUCAGCCACGUAACCACAUGGUCAGCCCCAUGGUCAGCCACCACGAUAGGGUAUUUUAAUAUAUCAUAUGUUCACGUAGCAAAGGUCAGGGUCUUGCCACACUGUCACAUCGGCCUCGCCCUUCCCAUAACAAUGUCAUUUUUACACACGCAGAGCCCUCCAGCCCCACGGGAAUCCCCGACUUCAUAGCCAGGGACUACGAGCACGAUCGUCUGCUCAACCACACGGACGCCCUCAAGGGAGACUACGGGGAGGACAUCAGCAAGCUGGCCAGGGAGCUCCUGUUGCAGGAGGCCGAACAAACAGACGAAGAAGAUCAUCAUCAUCAACUGGCCGACGGCAGAGCCGCCGACGAUGAUAGGAACGGGGGACUGAACAUCAUUAGUAAGUCAGGGGACAUAAGCUGGUUUGGCAAACACCAGGGAGAGCUUGAGUUCUUGCUCUUUGUGUUGGCUCUGUAACCAAACAAAAUUCUUGUUCUUUACUUUGGACAUGAAAAAAAAAAAAAAAAAAAAAAAAAAAAAAAAAAGUAAUAAUAAAAAAUUAUAAAAAAAACAAGAAAAGGGUUCAAGUUAAACAACAAAAUAAUCCAGAGCCUAGAAGAGGCUUCGCGUGAUUUGGUUUUACAAUCAACACUACUUCAAUGCUAUGAAGUUAUUUCAGGCUACUUGGUGCUUAAGCCUUGUAGCUCCUGGUUCAGUUAUUUCACCCAUUAAUUCAUUAAUACAUUUCACAAAUCAAUGGCUACCCAAGUGUAUCAGGUCUAAGUUAGGCUGUCACCAUGGUAACAGGAAUGUAAAAGAAAAAAAAAAAAAAAAAAAAAAAAAAAAAAAAAAAAAAAAAAAAAAAAAAAAAAAUUUAAAAAAAAAAAAAAAAAAAAAAAAAAAAAAAAAAAAAAAAAAAAAAAAAAAAAAAAAAAAAACCUAAUUUUAUUAAUAGAGAAUAGCAGUAUAUGGAUGAUUUCAAUGAUAUUAAUAAAGGUUCAAGAAUUAAUUGGUGUGGAACUUGGGUCUGCAAAAAAGAAUAGAAACAUUAAUUCUGCAUGAAGACUUGUAGUGUUUAGAGUAAACAAAACAAAAACAUGGUUUUAUCAGGUUCUGUUGUGAGAUUUUUUAAAAGAUUAUCUUGAUGUUGUCAGUGUAAAAUAUAUUGGAUGUACAACGUUUCGGGUUUAGAGUUUAGCUGUGUCGACUGUAGUUGUGUGUAACUAGAAUGUAGUGGGUGUAUAAAGUAGUGGGCAUAGAAUGUUGUCGACUGUAGUUGUGUGUAACUAGAAUGUAGUGGGUGUAUAAAGUAGUGGGCAUAGAAUGUAUUGUGUCGACUGUAGUUGUGUGUAACUAGAAUGUAGUGGGUGUAUAAAGUAGUGGGCAUAGAAUGUAUUGUGUUGACGAUUUAGAGAUGGAACUAAAUCAGCUGGAGUUAUCUCAGCAUGGAGGCGGAAAGCCAUGAAUUGAGGUAAACUGAAGGCUAUUGUGGAGCAGGCCAGGGCCCUCCAUCGGCGGUAGUGCCGUUGAUCAUGAUGAAGAUAUUGUAUAAGGUGGUAACAGAAUAUUCAUAAAAAUUCCCACAAGGAUGCCAUUGAGUCAGCAGCAUUAUUCAUCAUAAAUCGAUAAAAUGAAAUAAGCAUUUUAGUUAUAUCAAGGUGAGAUUUUACAAUGCAAAAAAAAAAUUAUUUUCGAGUGAUGAUUUACGAUGCAAAAAUAGUUAUAUAAGGGUUAGAUUUGACCAAAAAAAACUAUUUUUGACUAUUCAGAUGACAUUCUAUCUUCUGACAGAUGGAGGUGACCUGCCGCUGACAAACAAUGUGAG